GUCAGGAUCGUACCCAAUAUCGAGGACGCCAGUCGAUGCGUUGUAUUCGAUAUCGUCGACCGUGAAUUCCAACCCGGAACAUCUAUCAAGAUCGGCCGCUUUACAGACCGCCACACAUCAAGCCACAUGUCCUUCAAGAGCAAGGUUGUCUCGAGAGCACAUUGUGAAAUCUGGUCAGAAGUAGAUGGCAAGCUUUACAUAAAGGACACCAGAUCAAGCUCAGGAACGUUCCUAAACCACAUUCGUCUCAGCUCCGCAAACCAUGAAAGUCGUCCAACACAAAUUCAAGACGGAGACAUUGUUCAGCUUGGAAUCGAUUAUCAGGGAGGACAAGAAGAAAUAUACCGCUCGGUCAGGAUGAGAUUCGAACUUAACCGUUCUCGCAAUCCUCGUCCAAUGUCCUACACAAUUACCGCUUUCAAUAAUCUACAAAACACAAGUAAUGCAGAUGCAUCAAUUGAAGAGUGCUGUAUUUGCCUGUGUGCAAUGGCCCCCUUUCAAGCCCUGUUCAUUUCCCCUUGUGCACACUCAUACCACUACAAAUGCAUCCGUCCACUUCUCAAGAGUCACCCAGGGUUUCAGUGUCCAAUCUGUCGCACCUACUCUGACCUAGAA